CAAAUCACCAAAUUGCAGAUUCAUGAUUGCUCUUUAGAAUAUUCACCUACAAAGUUGAGAAAACUGAGGAUGACCGGUGGCCUGCAUGAUCCCGAUGCUUCAAUUCUCCUGUAAUGAACACUGUUUUAUCCUACUGAACAGAUCAGAGAAAUCUGAGCCCCACCCAUCAACUUCAUGCCUCUCGUAAAUAUGAAAGACAAGCAAGGAAAUGACCGGGAAAAGAAAGGCAUUUUUUUGCGUGUGGGAGGCAUCAAGAAGGAAAAAAGCAAUCUCCUUUUCAUCGAGAGGGCAUUUAUAUUUCUCUUAAAAAUUAAAUCUUAGUAGCUCAUCUGCGGGAAAAGAUGAUUCGGGUUCCGGUUAGGAAGGCAAUACGUUAGGAUACAACGUUGUUGUUCGAGCAGUCACCUGGGAACGUUGGCCGUGUGGAGACCGAGGCGAUGAACGGCUGGUGCUUAAAUUCUGGGCUGAAAGUUGGGAUCUUUAUGGCCUUUCUUGUUUUGGAUGAAUAGGGUUUAUGUGGUUUGUUGGUAUCUCCUGCCACUUUCAUCAGUUUGUGUUGGCGUCUGAGGAGAUACAGAAUUGUUCGUGACUCGUGACUUGUGAGUGUUUACCAGUGAUGGGUUCUUCUGGGUUUUUCUUGAUCUGUGCACUCCAUUCUCUGGUAGCCAUAGCUUGUGGAGGUCUUAUGAUGUUCUACUCCUCCGAGGUUUCACCAAUGAAGCUUCAAGGAUCUACGCCGCAUGAUCAACUCUUGAUCAGAACCUCAGAUUCCUUUUCCGGUUUGCUGCUUGUGGCUGUCGGCUUCCUGCUAAUCAUGGUGGGAUUUGUUAAGGACAGGGAGUUCCAGAGCUUCUUUGCAAAAGGGUGUGUGCUCCUCCAUGUCGUGACCGCCAUUUGGAGGGUUUACUUUGAGAGGAAGGUGGAUGAACUUGCCAAUGAGUGGCCGAGGAAGGUUGUUGGCGAUAUUGCAUUAGCAGUUUCCUGGAUCCUCUUUUUGGUGUACUCAUGGAGGGAAAAGUAUGAUUAGCUUGGAAAACUGGAUUGUCUAUGCUGUGAUGAUAGGGACUCCGAAAAUUCCCUGGUAGGCAUGGACUGCGAUUGCAAAAUGCUUAUACAAUCGCCCGGUUACGCUUCUUUUGGCAUGAAACAAUACAUUGGAACUGGAAAAGAACGAAAAGUAGGAUAUUAUGCGCUUUUUAAUUCCUGGAUAGUUUGGUCAUGUGAUUUUCAUCAGGCAGUUGUUUCUACUAAAAUUCCGCACAAACUGGAGGAUGCCCGUGUUUUCAUCUUGUGCGCAGGCGUUUCAAAAAUCUCGGGAAUCAAUUAAUUUUCGUUAUCUUGAAGAUGGGUCAGAGGUCGGAGUUUGGAGUGCUGCCAUCAUUUGCUUAACGUUGAGAAACUGUUUUGUAGAUUUUAUUUACAGAUAAUAGCAACGAGUGAAUAGUGUCCUAACUCACCAUCAGUUGGUGAAUUCAUGUUUUAGCGGAUACUGCUUAAAUCUUACAAGUAGAGAUAAGGGUAAUCUGUGCAGUUCUGCCCGUUUGCUUUUAAGUCAUCCAAGAGGAUCAAGCUUGUUUCCUCAAUUGAAGUUCUUGUACAUUCAGAUUGACUUCUUUGUCAAAACAUUCUCUGUCAUGCCUUUGUCCACCUCAAUACAAAAUUAGCCAAUUACUUGCAA